ACAGGUGGCCGGGCAAGGACCAGCAUGACAGCGACAUCAUCAAUUGGGCCCGCCAGAAGCCCAAGCACUUCGCCAACUCGGUUGAGGCAGCUACCACAGCACACCUGCUCUAUAUGUGCGACCAGACCCAGCUGGAGAGGUUCCAGAAGGAUGCCCAGAUGCCCGCGACCUCCUCGAGCACCGCAGAGACCGACCAGACCGACGGCAUCGACGAGAUGAAAUACAUAUGCUACGUUUGCGGCCGCACAGCCACCAAGCAGGCCAUGGCGGCGCACAUGAGCAGGGGCCACCCCGACAGCGAGAACCCCCGGCGAUGGGCGACGGGUACGGCGUGUAGAUGCUGCCAGACGGAGUUCCACAUAUUCCCGAGGCCCCUGAAGCAUCUUGCGGUAGCCCACCGCUGCCGCAAGUCCUGGUGCCCAUGGCGCACCAUGACGAUGGAGAUGCUCACCGAACAGCAAAUCGCCGACAACCUCAGCGCCAUCGGUACGAUCACGGCAGCCAACAAGAAGAGUGGCCGACACGCGACCUUCAGCGAGAUACCAGCCUACAAGAUCAACAUCACGCCGUUCCCAAUCUUGGAGACGCCGCCCAUAAUCCCCAAGGUCUACGCCGCCAUCCAGCCGACGAAGCACCAACCCACAGCACCCAAGACACCCGAGCCAGCCGAGCGACAGGAAGUGGUCUUCAUCACCGACCGCCCCCGGCAACCAGGAGACUUCCAAAAGAUCAUCGCUACAAGCGCAGUAACCAGCGCGAGCGGCCUGGGCUACUGCACGGUCGACAGCAGCGACGAUUGCGAAGGGCAGACAUCAGAUCGUGACUUACAUCUCAUACGCGACCGAAACCUGAAGAGUGAGAUCGCAGCAAUAGAUGCCGAGAUGCCGAGAAGGACCUGGUACCAUUUCGACCAUGCCAAAGACCCUGUCGACCGUGCCAGCACCCGCCGCCCGAAGGCGAAGGUUUCUUUCCUUGUCACACACGCCGGGGACUCGAUCUUCUGGACGCUUCCCGAGGGUCACCACGCCACCAAGCGUACUGCAGCACCGUUCAGCACGGCCAGACACUGCGAGCUUGGCACUAUCAUGAUCAUAGCCAACUCAGCAAGCCCCAUACAGGAAACCCAGAUGAAGGAGGCAGCCGCCGAGAACUUCGACUUCGCCGCAGCCUCUCUGCCCGACGAGAUGAUCAUCGCAAGAUGUGGUUUCAGGGUGGCCAGCGCAGCGCCAACCAACGACAUGCACACCAGCUACGAUAGGUACCUCUGCCACUUACAGGAGCAGGACAUCGCCAGCGGCGACAAUAUCAGCGGCGACCAUAGCGAGGACCACCAAAGCUGCAGCCACCACAGGCACGACUACGAGACGCUAUGCCGUGAAGGGGGUCAGAGCACGCAA